AUGUCUGGGCGCGGAAAAGGAGGCAAGGCAAAGGGCAAGAGCAAGACCCGUUCCAGCCGCGCGGGGCUCCAGUUUCCCGUGGGAAGGAUCCACCGACUACUGCGAAAGGGCAACUACGCGGAGCGAGUAGGUGCCGGUGCCCCCGUCUACUUGGCGGCCGUACUCGAGUACCUGGCUGCCGAAGUGCUCGAGCUGGCAGGAAACGCGGCCAGAGACAACAAGAAAACUAGGAUCAUCCCUCGACACCUGCAGCUGGCCAUUCGCAACGACGAAGAGCUCAACAAGCUGCUGUCCGGCGUUACCAUCGCGCAAGGAGGUGUCCUGCCCAACAUCCAGGCCGUCCUCCUUCCCAAGAAGACCGAGAAGAAGGCGUAAACCAUCCCGCGGCAUCCGCUACAGAAAAACGGUCCUUUUCAGGACCACUCAUGACUUGAGUACAGGAUACUCAUUUCCGUGCGCUAGUCUUCCGUGUCUCUAAACGCUCGG